CAAUUUUGAAUAACAAAUGGUUUCUAGUUGGAAAAACUGUGAGACAGCACUUGUCGGUAGAUUUUUCGAGUUCACCCGCGACAAAACUUGACACCUGUUGCCAUGAAUAAACACUUUUGUAAUAGGUAUAGUAUGUUUUUAAUAGCAUAAGAGCUUUUUAUGAGCAUGUUUGAUAGGUUGAAUACAAAGAGUAUACAAUUGUUAACAAUCCCGCAUUUUUGCAGACCCGCGGGAUUGAUAUGUAUUAUCCCGUAAAUUUUUUCAAAACUUACCUUCCUAAUUCCGCUCUUACCUUACCUAGUACACGGCACUGGGUCGGCAUCGAAUUAGACUAUGCGCGCCACGACGGACGACGUCGAUUUGACGCAAGAAAUAGGUUAGCAUGUUUGGAAGCUAUUGUAAAUAGAGUGAAGCAAGAAUGAAGUUCGCAGAGCAUUUGUCUGCUCAUAUAACGCCGGAAUGGAGAAAACAAUAUAUAAAUUACGAGGAGAUGAAAUCGAUGCUAUACGCUGCCGUAGAACAAUCACCUUCGGCAGAAUUAGUUGAGCCUGAUAUACUAUCCAGGUAUUUUGCGAAAUUCGACGAGCAAUUCUUCUCUUUUGCUGAUAAAGAAUUGACGAAAAUAAACACAUUUUAUUCUGAAAAAUUGGCAGAAGCCACCAGAAAAUUUGCAAGUUUGCAGAGUGAACUCAGCGAAGCACAGGGAGUUGAAGAUUUCAAACAAGGAAAAACUUCUAUCAGAAAAAAUAUACUUCGGAAGAAAAAUGUUCCUGCUAGGAAGAUCCAAGAAUUGAAACUUGCAUUCAGCGAGUUUUAUCUCAGUCUGAUUUUGCUUCAAAAUUAUCAAAAUUUGAAUUUCACAGGUUUUAGAAAAAUCUUGAAAAAACAUGAUAAGCUCUUCAGCGUCGAUGUAGGUGCAAAAUGGCGGGUGAAACAUGUGGAGAGUUCUCAUUUCUAUACGAACAAAGACAUAGACAGGCUCAUCAGGGAAACGGAGAGUACAGUGACUCAAGAUCUGGAAGGUGGAGACAGGCAGAGGGCAAUGAAGAGACUGAGGGUUCCACCAUUGGGGGAACAACAGAGCCCUUGGAUAACAUUCAAAGUAGGACUCUUUUCUGGAUCAUUCAUGAUUUUGGUUAUAGCAGUGAUUUUAUCCGGGAUGUUCCACAAAGAAAGAGACGACUGGAGAAUUGCCUUCCGACUAUACAGGGGGCCCUUUCUGGUUAUCGAAUUCUUGUUCCUUUGGGGAAUAAACAUUUAUGGAUGGCGGUCCUCAGGAGUGAACCACGUCUUGAUAUUCGAGAUGGAUCCAAGAAACCAUCUUUCCGAGCAACACAUAAUCGAGAUGGCUGCAAUAUUCGGGGUCAUCUGGUCCAUAUCAGUAUUAUCAUUUUUAUACAGCAGGGAACUUGGUAUUCCAGCCUAUGUGAAUCCAUUGAUUUUGAUAUUAUUGAUGGUGGGCUUCUUGUUGAAUCCUCUGAGGAUGAUGAGACAUGAAGCUAGAUUUUGGGCAUUGAAAGUGUUGGGAAGAAUAGUAACCACACCUUUCGUUUAUGUAACAUUCGCCGAAUUCUGGAUAGCUGACCAACUCAACAGCCUGGUCUGUCUAUUCGUAGACAUGCAGUACUUCAUAUGCUUCUACCUAACCAUUCCAGAUUGGGACAAGGGUGUAGAUAACAAUUUGUGUAUUGAGAACCACAUGAUCAUCAGGCCCAUAAUGGCGUGUCUUCCAGCAUGGUUUCGGUUCGCACAAUGCUUGAGACGUUACCGGGAUACGAAGGAAGCUUUUCCACAUCUGGCUAAUGCAAUGAAGUACUCAACUUCCUUCUUCGUUGUGAUUUUCUCUGCACUGAACACGGUUUUUUCCAAAAAUGAAAUGGUUGAGAAUCCUUUCUUCUAUCUUUGGAUUGGUGCAUCGAUUGUGAGCUCUUGUUAUGCUUACACGUGGGAUAUCAAGCUAGAUUGGGGUUUGUUUGAUGCUAAAGCUGGCGACAACAGAUUUCUCAGGGAAGAAAUUGUUUAUUCUUCGAUGUGGUUUUACUACUUUGCUAUCAUUGAGGAUUUAAUCCUGAGAUUCGCUUGGGCCUUCUCGAUGUCUCUGACAGAGAUGGGCUAUGUGCAUGCCGACCUUAUGGUUACUUUACUGGCACCUUUGGAAGUUUUCAGGAGAUUCAUGUGGAAUUUCUUCCGUUUAGAAAACGAACAUCUGAAUAAUUGUGGUAAAUUCAGAGCAGUCCGAGAUAUAUCCGUGGCCCCUUUAGACACUUCGGAUCAAACGUCAAUUCUGAGAAUGAUGGACGAAGAGGACGGCGUUACACACAGGAGAAAAAAGAAGACCGGCACUAAAAAAAAGGAGGAGCAGAGACUCACAUUGGAAGGAGAAUCUACAGACGAUAUGGAUAACACUUGAUGAAUUUAGAUGAUUGUUGAGUUCUAUACACAAAUCUAUAAAAGUACUAAAUGGGAAAGAAAAUGCAUUUAUUUGAUGUCUGAAUAGAUUAUUUUGUUAAA